AUGCACUCUGCUGUUAAAGGGUUCCCUUGCUUGUGCCUGAAAAUUACGCAGGGAAACAAUUUCUUAAGAAUUGUGUUGGGGGUGAUCAGCAGCACUUGGCAAGUACGGAACAACUUCAUGUUCAUCCAGAAAAGGUUUUUGAAUCUGCAGGAACAUAAAGUUAUGAGUUGUGCAUUAUGGCUGGCAUCCAUUUGGACUUCCAACAUUCAGAUACUUCUGAAACUCUGUACUUUAUGCGUUGUAUUAUGGCUAUAA